AUGAAUUCAAGAACCCAGACUAGAAGAAUCCCAGAGGUGGAACCUCGGAUAGAUUACGUGCAAUGCGAUGGAUUAGUAGUUAUGAAAAUGGUGAAGCAUUGUCAUGAAGAGUCGAUGAGUAACAUGGAUGUUGCUCAAGGUGCUCUGCUUGGUUUGGUUGUUCAAAAUCGUCUCGAGAUAACCAAUUGUUUCCCAUUUCCCAAAAACGAUGAAAUCAUGGACGAAGAAGAAUACCAGCUUGCCAUGAUGCGUCGCCUUCGUUGUCGCAAUAUCACUAUCAAACAUCCAUUGAGGAAUCUGUGGUGCUCAUAUACGAUACAGCCAAAUCAGCCAGAGGUUUCUUAACCUUGAAAGCGUACAGGCUUACCCCCCAAGCUAUACAAAUGUACAAGGAAGGUGAAUUUACACCUGAAGCUCUACGUACUUUGAAGAUCGGUUAUGAAAACUUAUUCAUUGAGAUACCAGUUGUGAUAAAGAACAGUAAUUUAACUAAUAUAAUGAUGUCUGAACUAGAGGAAAUGAUUCCCGAAGAGGAAGGUACAAAGUACUUGGACCUUGGUACAGCUACAGUCUUGGAGAAUCAAUUACGUUGUUUGAUGGAUCGUGUGGAUGAAUUGAAUCAAGAAGCUAUGAAGUUUAAUAGAUAUCAGCAAUUGGUCGUUCGUCAGCAACAAGAGAAGAACAGGCUUUUAGCUAAGAGAGCUCAAGAAAAUGCUGCCAGAGCUGCUAAAGAUGAGCCUCCGCUACCAGAUGAUGAUAUUAACAAAUUGAUGAGACCUUUGCCUGUUCCACCUAGACUAAAUCCGAUGAUUGUUGCUGGACAAAUUAAUACAUAUAGUGAACAUAUUUCUCAGUUCUGUGCACAAAGCUUAGCCAAGUUAUACAUUACUCAAAGUCUACAAAAUGCCAAGGAAUCAAAAUCCUCUCAUUAA